GAUCGUGUUUGUUUGUCUCGAUGUUGCGCAUCCCGAUCGUGGAUGGCUCAGCUUCCUGAGACGAAUACCCCUUCGUAGACCACAGUCCAUGGAAGACCCUAGGCUAGCAUUCAUCGAACGUUGCGCAGCCUUUCCACACGGGAAAGACGUGUAUUAUCAUGGAUUCCCUGUACUAGUGGUGGGUAUUGGUAGCCUCGAUGCAUGAGGCCUUGACCCGGCUUGUUUUGCGCACAACCGCACCUUUAAAGAAGGAGCAGAUCAAGCAGACGUACGCCCUCAACUUUAUCAUGACCCUCAGCUUACCCUUGACUAUCUUAUUACUGUUACACAUCACGUUCGUUUGCGCUUCACUGCCGAGCCUCAAUGACACCAGCAUUCGUACACUCGACAUCAGUGACCCUUCAUCCUGCAGUAACACCAGAUCCUUGUGGGACAUCAUCCGGAGUUGCGCUGCGACUUUCCUCCCAUGCACAUGGACUGCAAUUCACCCAAACAUCCCGGGUAUGGACGAGGGGGAAGCGAUUGUUAUAUCUCGUCGCCUAGGCAUCAUGGUGAUAGCGCUGAUCGCCCCAGAACUCAUGAUUACCUGAGCCACGAUACAGUUUUUAACUGCUCGUGAUACUCUAACGGAUUCUGAUGAUGCCUUUGGUGCGCAACGUCACCAGGCCCGCGGCGACAAUCCAGAUAUGCGAGAGAGUACAGCUAUGUUUCUUGGUGAAAUUCAACAUCAAAUGGAAGGAGCAGUCCGCAUCCGAGCGCUCUGCAAGUCGCAGGUUGAGGUUAG